AAUCGACUUAUAUCAGUAGUUGACAGUUGGAGAACUACGAUAACGCUUAGACAGCAUUGCUCAUCACGCUAGUUAUGAAAAUGACAUCGACAUUAGCUUCCGAAGUCACUGACGGUAGUAGAAUCCACCGUUGGAAUCAGCGGAUUGCUGCUUUUAUAGCCUCUCUCGGUGGUUUCGCUCUCGGUGUCACACUCGGUUGGAAUUCCAGUGCAGGAGAGAUCUUUCGAAAUAUCUUAAACGCUAACAGUAUCGAGAUUGGCCUUAUCGGUAGUAUCUUGAAUGCCGGUGCUUGUAUUGGUGUAAUGAUCGUGCCUUUCUUUAUGAAGUAUCUCAGUCGUAUCACAAUCAUAUUCUUGACCAUGCCAGGAUUUAUCGUUGGGUGGACGUUUAUCUGCUUGGCCGACCAAAAAAUUUUGCUUCUCAUAAUUGGUCGACUGAUAUGUGGUGUGAGUGGUGGAGCAUUAUGCAUUCUAACUCCAAUUUAUAUUGCGGAAAUAGCAGAUAAAAAUUUACGAGAACAACUUCUUAUGUAUUUUCAUCUCUUGAUCAAUUGCGGAAUUAUGUAUGCUUUUGUGGUUGCCCAUAUUUUAGAGGAGCACGAUGCUAUAUGGAGAUAUAGCUUUAUCUGCGCUGUGACGUGCCUCCUGAUUGCAUUAAUAAAUCUAGUGCCUGAGAGCCCUCUCUAUUAUCUUAUGAAGAAUGACGAAAUUAAAGCCAGAGAUUCUCUAAAAUGGUACCGUGGCCAAAUUUAUGAAGAUGACGUCGAAAUGAAAGAAUUAAAAUAUCUCGCUAUUGUAAGCCACUCAAAAAAGAGCACAAUGAGUAUCCUAAAAAAUCGAUAUAUCGUAAAUUCCUUCUUCACGUGUUUCUUCGCAUUCUUAGCUCAACAAUUGAGUGGCGUUAAUAUUAUGAUCUUUUACGCAUUGACGCUUUUCAAUGUCGGCGGAUCAGGCGAUUUAACUGCAAGCGAGCAAACCAUCGUUAUUGGCAGCAUACAAAUACUGUCUUGUUUCUUAGCUACGAGUUUGAUAAAUAUGGUCGGACGUCGAAUAUUACUAAUUACAUCUUCGAUGCUUAUGGGACUAUUCUUGAUGCUGUUAGGAUGGUUUUAUGAAUUGAGGGACCAGGAUCCAGAAUACGACGAUAUUUAUUUCUGGAUGCCGCCAACAUGGACAGCCCUUUUUUUUGCCGCUUUUAAUAUCGGUGUCGGCCCGAUAUCAUGGGCGUUACUGGGUGAUAUAUUUCCAAUGCAAAUAAGGGAGACUGCCGUUGCGUGUGCUGCCACUUUCAACUGGUUGUUAUGUUUAAUAGCAACGAUGACCUUUGGAGAAAUGCUGGAUGCUCUCGGUGUUACAAAGACCAUGUGGCUCUUUGCUGGCUUUUGCUGGCUAGCCGGAAUCCUUUGCGCCCUUCUUGUAAAGGAUACUCACGGUCACAGUUUGGCUAAAAUACAAGAGAGUUUUGGCAUCGACAAUAGACGAGAAGAAACGAAUAACGAAGAACAAACUUGA